GGCUCGUCCGGUUUUUCUCAGGGGACGUUCAAAUUAUUUUUGUAACGGGAGUCGGGAGAGGACGGGGCGUGCCCCGACGUGCGCGCGUCCUCCCUCCCCGGCCUUCCUCCAGCGGUAGCCGGCGCCAGCCCUGGGAGGGCGUCAUGCCGCCCAAAACCCCCCGGAGAGCAGCCGCUGCCACCGCCGCCGCCGCCGCUGCCGCGAGCCCGCCGCCGCCGCCGCCGCCCCCGCCACCGCCGGAGGCGGACGCCGAGCAGGACAGCGGCCCGGAGGACCUGCCUCUCGCCAGACUUGAGUUUGAAGAAACUGAAGAACCUGAUUUUACUGCAUUAUGUCAGAAAUUAAAGGUACCAGAUCAUGUCAGAGAAAGAGCUUGGUUAACUUGGGAGAAAGUUUCAUCUGUGGAUGGAGUAUUGGAAGGUUAUAUUCAAAAGAAAAAGGAACUAUGGGGAAUCUGUAUCUUUAUUGCGGCAGUUGACCUAGAUGAGAUGCCAUUCACUUUCACUGAGCUGCAGAAAAGCAUAGAAACCAGUGUCUAUAAAUUCUUUGACUUACUAAAAGAAAUUGAUACCAGUACCAAAGUUGAUAAUGUUAUGUCAAGACUAUUGAAGAAGUAUAAUGUACUGUGUGCACUCUACAGCAAAUUAGAAAGGACAUGUGAACUUAUAUACUUGGCACAACCCAGCAGUUCGAUAUCUACUGAAAUAAAUUCUAUGUUGGUGCUAAAAGUCUCUUGGAUCACAUUUUUACUAGCUAAAGGGGAAGUAUUGCAAGUGGAAGAUGAUCUGGUGAUCUCAUUUCAGUUAAUGCUCUGUGUCCUUGACUAUUUUAUCAAACUCUCACCUCCUGCAUUGCUCAAAGAACCAUAUAAAACAGCUGUAAUACCUAUUAAUGGUUCACCUCGAACACCAAGGCGAGGUCAGAACAGGAGUGCACGGAUAGCAAAACAACUAGAAAAUGAUACAAGAAUUAUUGAAGUUCUCUGUAAAGAACAUGAAUGUAAUAUAGAUGAGGUGAAAAAUGUUUAUUUCAAAAAUUUUAUCCCUUUUAUGAAUUCUCUUGGAAUUGUAGCUUCUAAUGGACUUCCAGAGGUGGAAAGUCUCUCUAAACAGUAUGAAGAAAUUUACCUUAAAAACAAAGAUCUAGAUGCAAGAUUAUUUCUGGAUCAUGAUAAAACUCUUCAGGCUGAUCCUACAGACAGUUCUGAAAUACAGAGAACUCCACAAAAAAGUAAUCCUGACGAAGAGGUGAAUGUGAUUCUUCCACAGACUCCAGUUAGGACUGUUAUGAAUACCAUCCAGCAAUUAAUGAUGAUCUUAAAUUCAGCAAGUGAUCAACCAUCAGAAAACCUGAUUUCCUACUUUAAUAAUUGCACAGUGAAUCCAAAGGAAAGUAUCCUGAAAAGAGUGAAGAAUAUUGGACACAUCUUUAAAGAGAAAUUUGCUAAAGCUGUGGGGCAGGGAUGUAUAGAAAUUGGAUCACAGCGAUAUAAACUUGGAGUCCGAUUGUAUUACCGAGUAAUGGAAUCCAUGCUUAAAUCAGAAGAAGAACGAUUAUCCAUUCAGAAUUUUAGCAAACUGCUGAAUGACGACAUCUUUCAUAAGUCUUUGUUGGCAUGCGCUCUUGAGGUUGUUAUGGCUACAUAUAGCAGAAGUACGUCUCAGAAUCUCGAUACUGGAACAGAUUUGUCCUUUCCAUGGAUUUUGAAUGUACUCAAUUUAAAAGCUUUUGAUUUUUACAAAGUGAUUGAAAGUUUUAUCAAAGCAGAAGCCAACUUGACCAGAGAAAUGAUUAAACAUUUAGAACGAUGUGAACAUCGAAUCAUGGAAUCCCUUGCAUGGCUCUCAGAUUCACCUUUAUUUGAUCUUAUUAAACAAGCAAAGGACCGAGAGGGACCAGCUGAUCACCUUGAGUCUCCUUGUACUCUCAACCUUCCUCUACAGAAUAAUCACACUGCAGCAGACAUGUAUCUUUCUCCUGUAAGAUCCCCAAAGAAAAAAGGGUCAACUACACGUGUAAAUUCUACGGCAAAUUCAGAGGCUCAAGCAACCUCAACCUUCCAGACUCAGAAGCCAUUGAGAUCUACCUCCCUCUCACUCUUUUACAAAAAAGUGUACCGACUAGCGUAUCUUCGACUAAAUACCCUGUGUGCACGCCUUCUGUCUGACCAUCCAGAACUAGAACACAUCAUCUGGACCCUUUUCCAGUACACACUGCAAAACGAGUACGAACUCAUGAGAGACAGGCAUUUGGACCAGAUUAUGAUGUGUUCCAUGUAUGGCAUAUGCAAGGUGAAGAAUAUAGACCUUAAGUUCAAAAUCAUUGUAACAGCAUACAAAGAUCUUCCUCAUGCUGUUCAGGAGACAUUCAAGCGUGUUUUGAUCAGAGAAGAGGAGUAUGAUUCCAUUAUCGUGUUCUAUAAUUCAGUCUUCAUGCAGAGACUGAAAACAAACAUUUUGCAGUAUGCUUCCACCAGGCCACCUACCUUGUCACCAAUUCCUCACAUUCCUCGAAGCCCUUACAAGUUUUCUAGUUCACCUUUAAGGAUCCCUGGGGGGAACAUCUAUAUAUCACCCCUAAAGAAUCCAUAUAAAAUUUCAGAAGGUCUGCCAACGCCAACAAAAAUGACUCCAAGAUCAAGAAUCUUAGUAUCAAUUGGUGAAUCAUUUGGGACUUCUGAGAAGUUCCAGAAAAUAAAUCAAAUGGUGUGUAACAGCGACCGUGCGCUCAAAAGAAGUGCUGAAGGAAGCAACCCUCCUAAACCGCUGAAAAAACUGCGCUUUGACAUUGAAGGAUCAGAUGAAGCAGAUGGAAGUAAACAUAUCCCAGGGGAGUCCAAAUUUCAACAGAAACUGGCAGAAAUGACAUCUACUCGAACACGAAUGCAAAAGCAGAAAAUGAAUGAUAGCAUGGAUACCUCACACAGGGAAGAAAAGUGAGGCGCUCACGACCUUGGAAGGCACCCUGUACACACCCAGCUUCACUGUCUCCCACAGAUCUGACUAGAACUCUGCCAGGUUCUGUUCACGGCCGCAUUUAAUAUAUGCCUUCAGCUCUUUUUGUGGAUGUAAAGUGCAUAGAUGCACAUUGAGUAUUUGUGCAGGGGAUUCCUAAGCCACUUGCAACAUUGUAGUCAAUAGAACAUACAUUGUUAUUGUACAAGAUUGAAAAUCUUGUGUAAAUCCUGCCAUUUAAAAAGUUGUAGCAGAUGUUUCCAUUUCCAAAGUAAAACUGCUCCACUUUACAAAUGGCAGGAUAGCCUGGGGGUGCGAGCUCUCAGCCCACGCCUCUCAGAGUACUUGUGGCAUGUAUGUGAUAUUUGCUAUUAUUUUUAUUAAUUUAUAUUUAUUUUUUUAAUUUAACAUGACCACCCUUAGAAAAAUGCGUCUUGUCUUCCAAAUACAAUUUGGCUGACUGCCCCUCCAUUCACCCAAAUGAUCCUGAACUCUUGUGCUAACACAGGUAUUAGAAAUUAGAAAAAAAAAAAAAAAAAGACUAAUUUUUACACAUUAGAUUUUAGUUUACUAGUGGAAACUAAAUGGAUGUACUGUGUUUUUUUUUUUUUUUAUAAAUUUUAGUUUUAAAAUACAAGCCGAAAGCAAAGUAUAAACAUACAAGACACUGUCAUACUACUGAUACAGAUUUCAUACCUCAGGACUUGUGAGAAUUUGAUUCUUUUCUUCAUCCAACUCAUGCUUUAAAGAGUUAUUUUGAUAGUCCUCCUGGUUUUUAUACCAUUCAGAUCACUGAAUUCAUAAAGUGCCCAUCUAGCAUAGUACUUGGAAAAUAAAGUGUUCAGCUAGAGCUUUGCUGUAGAGGACCCUAAUACGGUAUACCCCAAGUGCACUUUCUAAUGUUUCUGGGUCCUGAAGAAUCAAGAUACAAUGUAAUUUUACUCCACAAACAGACUGUUAACUAUAGGAGCCUUAAUUUUUUUUUUUCUUAGAGAUUUAUCUAAUUGCAUCUCAGCAAUUACUCUGCCCUCCUAAAUUUGGGAAGAGGGUAUGUUGUCUCUGGAAUGGUACAUGUCUUCCGUGUAUCUUUUGAACUGGCAGUUGUCUUUUUUUUUUUUUUUUUUUUAAUCCAGUAUGGUCUAACACUGGCACAUUCAAAGCAACAUUAUUUCUAGUCCAAAACUGCAGGUAAUCAAAGGUCUUUGGGUUUGGCAUUAAUGCUUCUCUCUGCUUUUGUGCAAAAGCUUCAAGUUAAAAUAGCUACAUUAGAAAAAGAGGCGCGCUCCCACCCCACCCUGGCACCUAAAGGUGUAUUUAAACUAUCUUGUGUGAUUAACUUAUUUAGAGAUGGUAUAAUUUAAAAUAGAUGGUAUUUAAGGUAGCAUCUACUAGCUUUUAGGAAAAUCACUUUGUCUAAACUCAGAGUUCUUUUUAAAAAGAAAUCUGGUCUUAUUAGAAAACAAAAUUUUAUUUUGUGCUCAAUUAAGUUUCAAACUUAUUUUUUGACAGUUGUCUGGAUAACAGUCACUAGAAAGCUUUAUCCCAUUUCCUCAUUCAUUCUGCAUGAAUAUAUCAUACAAAUCAGACAGCUUUUAGGUCAAGGGCUUACCACAUUUCCAGGUGUCUUGCUAAUAAUAAGUUCAUGUUAGAAUUAGUGCCAGAAUUUUAGGAACGUCAGAGAUCGUGUACUGAAAUUUUCUUAAGGUUUCAGAGAUCGCUUUAUUGCUUUUUGUAUUGGUUAAAACUGUACAUUUAAAACUGUUCUGUUACUAUUUUCUACAAUUAAUAAUAGUUUGUCUAUUUUUAAAUAAAUUAGUUAGAGUCUUAA